GUGUCUGAGAGAAUGGCGACGCUAGUUGAUCCUGUAGAUGCUCCAGCACCCUUUGGUGGUGUCAGUUGCAUCAGGAACACGGCCUCACCCACGGCCUCGACACAUCACUUCGACGAGGGCAAAUAUCACCUGCUGGUUGUCAUUGGGGAGCUGGUGACUGACGAUCACCUGAAGUGUGCCAUUGCGGACAUUGAGAAAGGAAUUCGUUCAUGGGACACAAAUCUUAUUGAUUGUAACUUGGACCAGGAGCUGAAGCUUUUUGUUUCUCGACACUCUGCCAGGUUUUCAGCUGAUGUGAGAGGGCAAAAGAUUCUGCAUCACAAAAGCAAUGUGCUGGAGACUGUCGUGCUCAUCAACCCCUCAGAUGAAGCUGUUAGCACAGAGGUACGUUUGAUGAUCUCAGACACAGCCCACCAUAAGCUGAUUGUCCUUGCGGGACAGUGCUUUGAAAAUACAGGCGAGCUGAUUCUCCAGUCAGGCUCCUUUUCUUUCUCCAAUUUCAUUAACAUUUUUACAGAUCAAGAGAUUGGGGAGCUUCUAAGCACCAUACAUCCUGCCAACAAAGCCAGUUUAACCCUUUUCUGUCCUGAGCAUGGUGACUGGAAAAACUCCAAUCUGGACAAACACAACUUGCAGGACUUCAUUAAUAUGAAACUUAAUUCCCCAACCAUCCUUCCAGAAAUGGAGGGUCUCUCUGAAUUCACAGAGUACCUCUCAGAAUCUGUUGAGAUCCCAUCUCCAUUUGACAUGCUGGAACCUCCAACCUCAGGAGGGUUCCUUAAAUUAUCUAAACCAUGUUGCUAUAUUUUCCCUGGUGGGCGAGGCGAUUCAGCAUUGUUUGCAGUUAAUGGCUUCAACAUGCUUAUUAAUGGUGGAUCUGAUAGAAAGUCUUGUUUUUGGAAGUUGGUGCGACAUUUGGACCGAGUGGAUUCUAUUCUAUUAACACACAUUGGAGAUGACAACCUUCCUGGUAUCAAUAGCAUGCUGCAGCGCAAAAUGGCUGAACUUGAAGAGGAGCAGUCACAGGGAUCCACAGCUAACAGUGACUGGACAAAGAAUAUGAUCUCACCUGAUAUUGGUGUUAUGUUUGUCAACAUGCCCCAGAACCUGGAGAUCCCAGAACCGAACUACAAGAUCAGAAGAAAUGCUGAGGAGGCAUCUCUCACUCUUCACUACCUAAACAAGUUGUCUUUAAAAUCUGAACCUCUGCACAGGAAUAUAGGGAAUUCAGUAGAUCCCAUUAUACUUUUCCAGAAAAUGGGUGUUGGAAAGCUUGAAAUGUAUGUUCUCAACCCAGCUAAGAAUAGCAAGGAUUUGCUGUACUUUCUGAAAGAGUGGACUGGCAGUGAAACAGACAAAUCUGCCAUCUUGUUACCAAAUGGAAAGGAAUCAGAGCUUCCAAUCUCAUAUUUGUCUUCUAUCUCUUCAUUGAUUGUGUGGCAUCCUGCUAACCCAUGCGAGAAAAUAAUUCGUGUUCUUUUCCCAGGUAAUUCCACUCAGUAUAAUAUUCUUGAAGGUCUAGAGAAACUUAAACACUUAGACUUCCUCAAACAUGCUGUUGUCACACAGAAAGAGCUUUCGUCAAAUGUAGCCCCAACACUCAAACAAGCAAAGCUGAAGCAUAAGACAGACAGCAAGGAGAGCCUAAAGUCCACAUCAAAACCAUCCCCAAGCAAAAACCUCCAGAAAGAGUUAAAAGAAGAAACCCCUGAAAAAGUAAAAACACUUAGUAAAGCUGACUCCAUUCGUUCUGUGGAAACUCAAGAGCUGACACAAAAAACAGAGAAGAAAGAAAAAACACUUGUGAAAAAAGUGAAAGCUGGAGAGAAGGACAUUAAAAGCAAAAGUGAGCAAACACCCAAAAUUGACACUCCUGAAAAAAAGAAAUCUGACAUAAAACAAAAAACGAUAAAAAAAGAGACAAAGAAAAUAGUGGAAAAGAGUGAGGCUGAUAAAAAGGAUGACAAGCCAAUGCCCAAGAAAGAAGAAAAGGUCAAAAAAGAAGAGAAGGUGAAGAAAGAGGAGGCAAAGAAGGAGAUGAAAAGACGAGACAUUAAGAAAGAUUCCCUUUUGAAGGCAAAAAGGAAAGAAGAAAAGAAAGAAAUGCAGAAAGAUGAAAAAGAGCCUAAAAGAGAUAUGAGGAAAUCUGGAAGCUUAAAUAAAAAUGCCCCUGGGGCAGCUGAGGUGAAAAAAACUGCACCAAAGCCAAAGGUUGCAACAAGAGGAAAGGGACCUGGUAGUCCUGCAAAAUCCAAAGACAAGGCUAAGUCCAAGCCCAUUAGAAAAGAUGCUGGAGAAUCAGUGGUAGCACCUUCUGCUUCAGGUGCUACUGUUGAAGGGCCUGCUACUGAAGCCACAGAUGCUCUUGAAGUAGAGAGAUCAUUGAUGUCUUCUCCAGAGGACCUCACCAAAGACUUUGAGGCUCUGAAAGCAGAGGAGAUUGUUGAAGAUGAUGAAAUCCUAUCUCAGACCAUAAUAGAAGAUUCUGAUCAAGGACAAAUGGUCAAGUGUGAAGACAUAACUCUUUGCAAAGAGUCUCCAGAAGCACCAGAGUCCCUGGAUGAAGGAAUAGCAACCACAGAAGCUGGAGAGGAGGAGGAGGAAUGUGGAUGUACUCCAGGGGAUCUAGAAACAAAUCAAAAAAGCACUGGCACCAGUGAAAAAUUUGAAGAUGAGGGAACAGGGCUGGAAGAGUCAUCUGAGACAGGAGACUAUGAAGAAAAGGGCGAUACAGAGGAAGUGGAUGAGCAGGAACGAAUAAUAGCCAAGUUAAUAGUUGAAGGAGAGCAAGAAGAGCAGGAAAACACAGGUGGAUUAGAUGAUAGUGCAGGAGAACCACAUUAUGGGCAAGACAAAGAAACUGAGAUGCAGAAUUUGAUAGUAACCACACCUCAAAAGCUCUGUGAACCUGUGUCACCCACUGCUUCUAUUCAUGAUGAAACCCUGCCAGCAGGUUCAGAAAGUGAGUCUGCCUCUGAUGAUGAAAAUCGAGAUGAGCCUGCAGAAGAAUAUACCACAUCAGUACUCACUCAGUCUACAAUUGAGAUAUCAAGUGUUCCAACUCCUAUGGAUGAAAUGUCAACUCCAAGAGACAUAAUGAGUGACGAGACUAUGAAUGAUGAGACUGAUUCUCCCUCUCAAGAUUUUGUCAGAUAUGGAAUCACUACAGAUUAUGAACGGAAGAAACUUUCACCUCUCCAAGAUCUUCCUGAGUUAGAUCAUUCAAAGAGUGAUGCUACAGAGGGGCAUGAUUAUCAUGCUUCAGCUUCUACCAUUUCACCACCUUCUUCACUGGAGGAAGACAAAUCUGGCAAGGAAUGUUUGGCUAAAGAUAAUUUCCCUUUUGAUUCACACAGGCUCACUGAUUCCACUACAACUUUGCCUCUUGUUAGAUCACCGUCAGGUGACCAAAAUAUGAACAUUGCAUAUGUUCAUACAGGUGUGUCUUCACCAAUUGAGCUGGGCACCACACUUUCAGGAAUGUCAAAAGGAAUGGACUCCUCAUACAGUCCAGAUGAGAAAACAUUAGAGGGUCCUUUGUCUCCUCAGUCCUCAGGUCAUACACCUUACUAUCAAUCCCCAGUGGAGGAGAAAGCUGGCAAUCUAUCAAUGGAGGAAUCAUCCAAGCCCCAGGGUCCUAUUAUUGUUGACAUCACAAGUGACAAAGAAUACUCUCCUAGAGAGUCUAGUCCUAUUGAUGAAGCUGUACCCAUGCCACAAUUGGGAAAGGUGAAAUCACCAAGUUAUGAAGCGAACUCUUUAACCAAGGAAGGAGAAUCUUAUUUCGAACUCGACCACAAGAACUUAAGCCAGACUGACAAUAAUGGUAAAAUGUCAGCAACUGAUAGUUCUUCACUUACAUCUUCACUGCCACCAGCUAAAGUAGACAGUCUGUCUGAUACAAAUCCUUUUGCAACAUUUAAAGAGAACAGCAAAAUGCCAAUAUCUGAGGGAACCACAUCAGAUAAGUCUGGUACUCCAGUUGAUGAGGUUGUUGCAGAGGAUAUAUUUUCUCACAUUGCCUCUGCUUCAACAGCAUCUCUUGCAACAAGCUCUUUACCUGAACCAACAACUGAUGAUGUCUCCCCAUCACUACAUGCUGAGGUGGGCUCCCCUCAUUCCACUGAGGUAGAUGACUCUCUCUCUGUCUCAGUUGUUCAGACCCCAACUACAAUGCAAGAAGCAGAAGUCUCUCCAUCUAAAGAGUACAGUACUAGGCCUAUGUCAAUCCCCCCUGAUGUUUCACCAAAAACAGCCAACUUGAGAAUGCCUCAACUUGAAAAAAAAUCCCCUGAACAGUCCAUGUCAAUUGAGUGUGGCCACAAAUCCCCAGAACACUCAUUUGCACUUGAUUUCAGCAAGCAGUCACCAGAUCAUCCAUCCAUAGGAGGAAUUCAGCGUAAAGCCACUGAAAAUGGCCCAACAGAAGUUGAUUACAGCCCCUCAGAUGGAGCUGAUGUCAUGGGAGAACAGGGCAGACCUGGGGAAACUGAGAAGAAGCCAAUGCUUUUCAAAGAGUCUGAUAGCACCCAGGUUGCCUCUGCUUCCCCAUCAGAUGCCUCUCAGUCCACCCCAUCAGUUACUACACCUUCCCAAAUUGGGGAGCCAAAAGAAAUGUUCCUAACUACAGGUCCUUUUUCAGAGUCUAUAACUCCAAAACUGUCACCCCAAAAUCAGUCCCUUUCUCCCCAAUCUCCUGACUCAUCUCUUGUUCUAGGCAGACCAAGUACCUUGUAUGAAGGAACAGACAAAGGUAAAACAAGUCCCACCUCACUUUACCAUGAGAGCAGUAUGCCUAUAACAGAGGACACCCAACAGAAUUUGGAUAAAAUAAAGGCUAUGUCACCCUCAUCUCCUACUGUUUUAUCUUGUCUUUCUCAGAAGACAGAUGAGCUUAAAAUUAGCCUAGCAACCAAUCCCUUUACAGACUCGAAAUCCCCCAUCAGUCCAGAAAUAUCAUCUCCAUCCCAACGUUCUCCCUCUUCCAAUCAGACAAAGGCUAAAGAUAAUUUUUCCAGCAGCUCCACUUCAUGUUUCCACACCACUCAAUAUGGCGAAUCUACCAAGAAAUGUGAUGAUAGAUCUAGAAUGCCAGAUACCUCAAAUAAAAGCCUUUCUCAGUCACGUGCAGAUGUGGACUUGUGUUUGGUGACCUCCUGUGAAUACAGACAUCCAAAGACAGAGCUUUCUCCCUCCUUUAUAAACCCCAGCCCUCUUGAAUACUUCAUGAAUGAGGAAAAUCCUCUUGAGGAAGAAAAGCCACUUGCUAAGUCUGGAGGAGGACAACCUCCACCUGGAGAAAAACAGCAGAGCAAGCAGUGUGAGGAAACUCCACCAACCUCUGUAAGUGAAUCAGCACCCUCUCAAACUGACUCUGAUGUUCCUCCUGGCACAGAGGAGUGUCCAUCAAUAACUGCAGAUGCAAAUAUUGACUCUGAGGAUGACUCAGAAACAUUACCAACAGAUAGGACUCUCACUUAUCGUCAUGCAGACCCAUCUCCAGUUACGCUCAGAGACACUGCUCCUGCUCCUCCACAUCCUGAUGUCUGCAUGGUGGAUCCAGAGGUCCUCAAGGCUGAGGAGGCAUCCCAAAAAGAGGAGGGAGGGACACCUAAAAAGAACAAAAUCAGCAGCAAGACCAAGUCAUCUGCAACAAAAAGCUUGACAAAAGCAAUUGUCAUGAAAGAGAUAAAAACAUCCUCUCCAAAAAAGACUACAGAGAAUAAAGAUACCAAAAAUGCUACCAAUACCUCUGCAUCAAAGGGAGCGAAAAGCAACACUUCAGGAGGCACCAAGUCUAGCAACGGAAUGUCAGUACCUAACUGUCCUCCAAUGUAUAUGGAUCUAGUUUACAUCCCAAAUCACUGCAAUGCCAAGAAUGUGGAUGCUGAGUUCUUUAAACGGAUUAGAUCCUCCUACUAUGUAGUGAGUGGCAAUGAUCCAACAGCACAAGAGCCCAGUAAGGCAGUCCUUGAUGCUGUGUUAGAAGGAAAGAGCCAAUGGGGAAAUAAUAUGCAGGUCACACUGAUCCCAACCCAUGAUACAGAAGUUAUGAGGGAGUGGUAUCAGGAAACCCACGAGAAGCAGCAAGACUUAAACAUUAUGGUUUUGGCGAGCAGCAGCACUGUCGUUAUGCAAGAUGAAUCUUUCCCUGCAUGUAAGAUUGAGCUGUGAUUGUCAUGACUCAUGAUCAACAAUACAGAUGGUGUAUAUUGAAGAACAAAACAAUUGAAAAGCUUACUACACAUAAUUACAAAAGCAAAUGUUUUGAAUCACAUUCCAAAUACUAAAUGGGGGAACCAGUAGUUAAAAUGUUUCUCAAUAUAAUUAUCUAAUCCAUUUUGAGGCCUCAAAUUGUGAAAACAUUUGGAAUAAAAGGAUUAUGCAAAGGUUUUUUUGACCAUGCCCAGAGCAGAGUUUGGUGUGUAUGAAACCUCCUCAAACACACCCACACAAAACACACUCACACACACACACACAUACACAAAAGACACACAAACACACACAUUGUCCGUCAAUAAACAAUGUACUGAGCAGUUCCAAUAAAACUUAACCUAGUACUAAUCAUUUAAAAACAGUUGAUACGUGUAUCAAAUUAGCAAAAAAAGGACUGAAGAAUUGUUUUAAUGUCUUAAAAAGUUAAACUGAAUGUACAAUAAACAUGAUGCACUUAAUAUGAGGACAAUGAAUGGUGAGUAUGAUCCUCAACCACAUACAAGACACAAAACAAAUGACAUAUAUAUGAUGCAAAGGCAACAUAAAAGAUCAUAUUCCAGCAGCACUGAGUUGUGUAAUACUUGCAUAAAAUAUGAAUACGAGGCUUGCCACAUUUGUGAAUAAAUAAAAUUUACUUUUGAGUAAGUAAAAUGGAAAAUGGAAUUUAUGGAACAUUAAAUUCCAUAAAUAAUACAUUAAAACCUAAACGAUAUAUAGUCAACAUUCAUAUUUUACCUCUUCCUCCAGGACUAGCAAACAAUAUACUGACUUGUUUUCUGACACCAGUGUAAUAGACAUUCAUUGUAGGAGAUAAAUUUUUUUAAACUACCCAUCAUUAGCUUGAUAUCCUGUGAAUUUUACACCAGCUUUUUAAUUUAAAUAGGUAAAAAUUUAAUGUUUGAAAAACUCGUAACUCAUCAAUCUGUACUGCUUAUUAUUUGCUCACAUUAUGAUAUGUUUUAUCCUUUUAACUGAUUAAUACAGUUACCGUGUCUUACAAUGCCUUAUUUAUUGCUUCAUUCAUUAUAAAUUUAGAAAGUUGUCAAAUUUCAAAAAACAAAAAUAAUAAUUUGAAUUAUUAACUAUUGCUUUCUUCUUUCUCACAACUGAGUUUUCGAAGUUUAAAGAUAUUCAGCAUUGUUUGUCCAAAUCUUAUCCAUCUACAAUUUUUAUUUUCUUAGUUUGUCAAUGUUGCUAAGAGCCAUCCAGAUUAUGGUACAUUGAAUGUGAUGAAUCAGAAAACUUUCCUUUCCUUAGGAAUCUUUUAUAAAAUUGCACUGUACUGUAAUUAUAAAUAGUUUGGUGACAGAGUGAGUGGCCAGAUGUGCAUGUAUAAUAUAUUACACUUCACAUUUAUCUGUACUUUCUUUCACUGAGGAGAAACUCAUUACAAUUGCAAGGAAAUUACAGAAAUAAUUCACAGUUGGAGAAACAUAAACUCGGACCAGGUUUAUUGCAUUUAAUCAAUAGCGACAGUGACUGAUGUUAGAAGUACAGUACACUUGUUAACAAACGUCUUAAACUUCACAAUAUAUGUCACAAUUCAGAACUGGAAAAUUCUCUAAUUCCAUAAUAACAGCAGCAACAGGCAACAGACGCAAACCACAUGCUUCAGCAAAAUGCAUUAUUGUUCACCUGCAAGACAUCUAAAUGGCUAAAAACACUUUGCUCAUUCAAUCUAUUUCAGCUCUCUAUUAAACUAUUAAACACUUGUCUUCACUUUCUCCUCUCAAACCUUCACAAUCUCUCCUCAAUUACACCUUCAUGUGCUAGUAAGAAUAUGUCUGCAGUUGUGUAUGAAUUAUAACUUGUGAACUUGCAUCUUUCCUCUUUUCAUUCCUAAUCUCAUAUCUAGAGUUAAUAGUCUCCAAUUAAAGUAUUACUUGUGCUUUUUCUGAUGUUUGUGUGCGAUAUCUCUUCACAAAUCUGGGAUGUUUGAUGUAAAGGAACUUACAGUUAAAAAGAGGGAACAUCAGCCCACAAUAAAUAGUUUU